GGAAAACCAAAAAAAAAAAAAAAAGUAGAAACUUGUAAUCAUCGCAUCAUCCUUCCUGACUCACACUCUGAAAAUUAUACGAAAUUGUCUAAAUCUCUGUAAACGAAAAAGCAGCCGCGACAGACACUUUACGCUUAGACACUUAAAACUCAUUAGGUAAAGCAAGCAAAAAAAAAAAAAACUUUCAAGCUUCAUUUUCAUAAAGUAAGAGAGAAACUUAAGAAAAACAGUAAAGCAAGCUGCCAUCAUGUUUUCCAUGUGCUCCAAAGUCAAACCACAAAACUCAAUGAAUACACAACAGCAGCAGCAGCAGCCAACGGGUAAUGUUGGUAAACAAAUCAAAGGAGGCUAUCUAUUGCGUUAUAAAAAACAAUUGUUGUGGAAGAAAUGGACUGAAGAAUGGGUGGUUUUGUAUGACGAUUCAACUAUGGCUUGGUUUACGGAACCUGGCCGAUCAUCGCCAGCUGGUAAAAUUCUUGUUAAAGAGGCGCCAGAAAUGUUGGCCAUAGCUCAUUGGACUGGGCAAAUACCGCGUAGACCACCUCUACCCGAAGGUUGCAGUGUUUCGCAAUUGAUUGCUUUGGGUUCGCGUCGAAAACGUUCGAAAGUAUAUUGGAUGCUAGCAAAAUCCGAACAGGAAGUCAGUGAAUGGAUUGAUGCUAUUACGAAAACCUUGCCACCACCGCCACAAAUUGAAUUGGUUGUAGAUAAGCCACAUCUAAUGAAUGUUUUACGUAGACCUUUGGUACGCAUAAGACCGGCAACGUCGACGGAGGUCAAGCAAAGGAAAGCUUUGGCAAAUAGUAAAAUAUCAGUUAGUCAAAGGACAUUUUAUAAUCAGAAUCCUUUAAUUAAAAGUGACGCUGCCGUAGCAAUAUUGAGUAAAAAACCGGAUUCGAAAGCUUCAUUGGCCUGCCCAUUGCCAUGGGGUCAUGGUUGGGGUUGGGCUACUUUACCGAACGGUGUAUGGAGUGGAGGCUUAACUUGGUCACAAUGUGAGGAUACUUUUACAUUGCAUGCACUGCCAACAACGCACUGCACCAAUUUAAUAGAUACGACAUGCAGUGGCGCCAUUUAUCAUACCGAUAUUGGAGGGUUCGAUUUUCAUUCUACCGGCGUUGAGGAUUUAGGCGGUGAGGACUUUGACUAUGCCAUGGAUUGCGGUGAUUUUAUAUUUUAAGUAAAUUAAGGGAAACAAUUUUUUUA